UGCCACCAGAUGGCGGCUUAGGAUUGUUCGUCCUGUGAAGAAGCGGUGUUAACUAUUCCCAUUUCUAAUUUAAUCAAAUUUAAAACUCGAUAUUUCCUUACGCAGUCGAACGGAAAGUGAAAAUCGGUUCCAAAAUGGGCAGGAACGAAAUUGCCCAAACAUGUUUCUCAUAAAAACUAAUCAAGAAAAAGAAGCAGCAAACAAUUUUCACACAAUCAAGUUAUUUGAAAGAUUGCCAAAAAGCAAAAGGAAGAAAUUACAAAAUUCCAGUCCAGAUUUGUGGACAGCAAAAGUGCUGAAGAGAUGAUCACUCCAGAGUUACCAGUGUUACAGGAGUCAACUAAUGAAACAACUAUUCAUUCUGAUGUUACUGGUGAAUUCGAUGAUCCAGAGGGGAAAGGACAAAAGCGCAGAGCUCGCGGUCCUGGAAGGCCACCGACUGCUAAGAAGGCAAGACGUAUCCCAGGAGAGAAAAGUCGUGUAGGAACAGGUGGUAGAGCAAGUCUGGGAAAGGCUAAUGGGCACCAUCAACAAAAUGGAGACAUUGAACCAGUCACACUUUUUGAGGUGGUCAAAAUGGGCAAGAGUGCCAUGCAGUCUGUCGUUGAUGACUGGAUAGAAUCGUACAAACAGGACAGAGACAUCGCACUUCUGGACCUAAUCAACUUUUUCAUCCAGUGCUCAGGAUGUAAAGGCACUGUAAGAAUUGAGAUGUUUCGAAAUAUGCAGAAUACAGAAAUAAUUAGGAAAAUGACCGAAGAGUUUGAUGAGGACAGUGGAGAUUACCCUCUAACUAUGCCUGGUCCUCAAUGGAAGAAAUUCCGAUCAAAUUUCUGUGAGUUUAUUGGAGUGCUUAUCCGGCAGUGUCAGUACAGUAUCAUUUAUGAUGAGUACAUGAUGGAUACAGUGAUUUCUCUCCUGACUGGGCUUUCAGAUUCACAAGUGCGAGCCUUCAGGCACACCAGCACAUUGGCUGCUAUGAAGCUUAUGACAGCAUUGGUGAAUGUGGCCUUAAACUUAAGUAUACAUCAGGAUAACACACAAAGACAGUAUGAGGCUGAGAGGAACAAAAUGAUAGGCAAACGAGCUAAUGACAGAUUGGAGUUACUUUUACAAAAAAGAAAGGAGCUUCAAGAAAAUCAAGAUGAGAUAGAAAACAUGAUGAAUUCUGUUUUUAAGGGUAUAUUUGUACACAGAUAUCGUGACGCAAUUUCAGAGAUUCGAGCUAUCUGUAUUGAAGAAAUUGGUGUAUGGAUGAAGAGUUACAGUGAUGCCUUUCUCAAUGACAGUUAUUUAAAGUAUGUGGGAUGGACACUACAUGACCGGCAAGGUGAAGUGAGGCUGAAAUGUCUUAAAGCUCUGCAGUCACUGUACACUAAUAAGGAACUCUUCCCAAAACUAGAACUCUUCACCAAUAGGUUCAAGGAUCGUAUUGUAUCCAUGACAUUAGACAAAGAGUAUGAUGUUGCUGUGGAAGCUAUCCGAUUGGUCACUUUGAUAUUGCAGCUUCAUGAUUGUUUUAGGGGAAGUGAGGAGGCAUUAUCCAAUGAAGAUUGUGAGAAUGUGUAUCACCUUGUAUAUUCUGCACAUCGUCCUGUUGCUGUGGCGGCUGGGGAAUUCCUAAACAAAAAGUUGUUCAGUCGACAUGAUCCACAAGCAGAAGAGGCCUACGCAAAGAGUAGGGGAAGGCAUAGCCCAAACGGAAAUCUUAUUAAGAUGUUGGUACUUUUCUUCCUAGAAAGUGAGUUGCAUGAGCAUGCUGCCUAUCUGGUGGAUAGUUUAUGGGAAAGCUCCCAAGAACUUCUCAAGGAUUGGGAAUGUAUGGUAGAAUUGCUGUUGGAAGAGCCUAUACAAGGAGAAGAAGGUAUGACUGACAGGCAGGAAACUGCGCUCAUAGAGCUUAUGGUGUGUACAAUUCGGCAAGCUGCAGAAGCACAUCCUCCAGUUGGAAGAGGAACAGGCAAAAGGGUCUUAACUGCAAAGGAGAGAAAAAUGCAGAUAGAUGAUCGCACUAAAUUGACAGAACAGUUCAUCGUGGCACUCCCCAUGAUGUUAGGAAAGUACUCAGCUGAUUCUGAGAAAGUGGCAAACCUAUUGCAAAUCCCUCAGUUCUUUGACUUGGAACUGUACAGUACAGGAAGAAUGGAAAAGCACCUCGAUGCAUUGCUAAAACAAACUAAGUUUGUUGUUGAAAAGCACAUAGAAUCAGAUGUCUUAGAAUCAUGCAGCAAAACGUAUAACAUCCUGUGUAGUGACGAAUACACAAUUCAGAACCGUGUUAACAUUGCACGCAGUCAGAUGAUUGAUGAGCUGGUAGAGCGAUUCAGUCAGUCAGUUGAAGACUUAUUGCAAGAGGGAGAAGAAGCAGAUGAUGAUGACAUUUAUAAUGUUCUCUCUACUUUGAAGAGGUUAACUGCCUUCCACAAUGCUCACGAUCUUACAAAAUGGGAACUGUUUGGAAACUGCUACAGGCUUUUGAAAAGUGGGAUUGAACUUGGAUCUAUGCCAGAACAGAUAGUGGUCCAGGCACUCCAGUGUUGUCACUAUUCCAUUCUGUGGCAACUUGUCAAGAUAGCAGAAGGUUCUCCAACUAAGGAUGAACAACUGGGAUUGAGAAAAACAUUGAAAGCAUUUUGUAUUGUCUGUCAGCACUGUUUGACAAAUGUCAACCCUUCUGUCAAAGAGCAGGCAUUCAUGUUGCUUUGUGAUCUGCUAAUGAUAUUCAGUCAUCAGUUGACAACUGGUGGCAGGGAUGGGCUCAAGCCGAUUGUUUACAGCCCAGAUACUGGACUACAGUCAGAGUUGCUCAGCUUUGUAAUGGAUCAUGUAUUUAUUGAUCAAGAUGAGGAGAACCAAAGCAUGGAAGGAGAUGAAGAGGAUGAAGCCAACAAGAUUGAAGCCCUCCAUAAAAGAAGAAACCUCUUGGCAGGUUUUUGCAAGCUUAUAAUUUAUGAUGUUGUGGAUAUGAAUGCUGCUGCUGACAUUUUCAAGCACUAUAUGAAGUAUUACAAUGACUAUGGAGACAUCAUAAAGGAGACGUUAAGUAAAACGAGGCAAAUUGACAAAAUUCAAUGUGCCAAGACACUUAUUCUAAGUUUACAACAGCUCUUCAAUGAGCUCAUCCAGGAGCAAGGUCCAAAUCUUGACAGGUCAUCAGCCCAUGUCAGUGGUAUUAAAGAACUUGCUCGUCGGUUUGCCCUCACCUUUGGUCUGGAUCAGAUCAAGACGAGAGAAGCUGUUGCUACCUUACACAAGGAUGGCAUAGAAUUUGCCUUUAAAUAUCCUAACCCAAAUGGACCAGAGUAUCCUCCACCAAAUCUUGCCUUCCUUGAGAUUCUUGGUGAAUUUUCUUCUAAACUUCUGCGACAGGACAAAAAAACUGUCCAUGCGUACCUGGAGAAAUUCAUGUCUGAACAGAUGAUGGAACGAAGAGAGGAUAUCUGGCUGCCCCUGAUCUCCUAUCGCAACUCAUUGCUUACUGGUGGGGAGGACGAUAGGAUGUCGGUGAUUAGUGGAGGCAGCAGUAGUAAAGCUUCCUCAAUACGUAGUAAAAAAGGUCGCCCAUCACUAAACAAAAGGAGGACGGAAGAGGAGAGUGUUGAUAAUUCGUGGAUGAACAGGAAUGACACUGUUCAAACUCCAGGAGUCUUGCAUCCUCCACAGUUGACUUCAACAGUCAUGCGGGAAAAUCCUCGACAACCGGCAGAACACAACAUGGAAGAUCAGGAAUCUGAACGGGGCUCCGAAUCUGAUUAUGUACAGAACCCUCAAAUGCAAAUGCCUUGGUUGGGUCAACACAAGCUUGAAGAGGCACACCGAAAAGACAGAGUGGCCAUGAACUACAUGAAAGCAAGAGGCGGUGUAAGGCAAUCAGUCCGCAGUCACAGUUUAAUGGAGGAUGAUGCUGAACCAAUUUUUGAAGAUGUAAUGAUGUCAUCAAGGGGUCAAUUGGAGGAUAUGAAUGAAGAAUUUGAAGACACUAUGGUUAUUGAUCUGCCUCCAUCACGAAACAGACGUGAACGGGCUGAGCUCAGACCAGAUUUCUUCGACUCUACUGCCAUAAUGGAAGAUGAUUCGGGCUUUGGGAUGCCUAUGUUCUGAGACUGCUGGAAGUUUUAUAUUUUUAAGAACUCCAUCAUCUAAAGAGAAUCCAAGAUCUAAAUACUGUGACAGCAACUUUUAAACUAAAUUUUACAUACUCAAGAUCUGAUUUAUUUUUUAUCAAAGGAUAAACUUGAUGAAGAUUUGAUUAUGAUAAAUGGGGAAGCCUGAAGGAGGAAGCACUAAAAUGGUCUGUUACUGAGACAGAUUUUCUUAUGGACCGAAAAACGUGGCAUCUUCCUGGGAAGAAUUACCCCCUACCCCCAAAAUUGACCUGACACAUGGACUGUAGCACUGCUGAGGAGUGCCACAGUAGGAUUUUUUAAAAAAAUAUAUAUAUCAACCAAGAGUAAAUUGUAUUAAAAUCAUGAAGGCAUAUUUAAAAAGAUAGGGUGGCACAUACAGCAGAUGACACCAAAAGUACAAAUGAGUUCCUUGAGUUUUUGUAAUUUUUUUCUGCUGUACAGUUUAAUAUAAAGAAUUUUUGAGAUCAGCAGUUUAUGUUAUGUUUUUUAAUUCGAGCUUAGAAAUUUUUCAGAAGGCAGCAAUGCUGAAAAACUAGAUUAGGAGCAAAGCAAUUUUCUCACACUGGAGUUUGGUUUCUUUGUGGUACGCAUUUAUUUUAUUGAGGGGUGGGGUGGGUAACUGGAAAUUAAUUGCAAAAACUUAUGCAGUUAUUGUAUAAAUGGGUAAUAGAUUCUGUGGGGGCUUUUUAGAAAUGUGAAAUAUUGCUUCUGCAAAUCACAGGUAACCGUAAUCUAGAGAUUUCUUUUCUUUUUAUUACUAAGGUCUUAUACAUACAUCUACAGCAAGCUACUUCCUUUCAUAACAAAAGCUGCCUUAUUUACUGUGAAGACUACUCAUUACCUGCUUUAAGUUUGACUUCAGCAGAGUUGAGAUGUACACUUUUAUCAUCAUUAGGCCGGUGCAUUUUGCUUUUAGUUUUAAUGCUCAGAAUCCAACAGGUAAAAUUUAGAAGCAGGUGUAGCUUCCUAAAAUUCAGUUGUUUGAGAGAUGUUUGUUAUUUGAUGACACUUCACAAUACAGUACAUUUUCUAAAACCAGGUUGUAUAAAUCAAUGCUGUACACUCCCAAAAGUGUAAAAAUUAGGUCAAGAGCACAUCUCAUUGAUAAAUUUUGGUGCACUGUUGCCCUCGAUUCCAGAUCUACUCUAUACCGUAUUAAGAAAUGCCCACUUUUGACUUUCUCAAUUGUCUAAAUGUACUUUUACAGAUAAUGUUAAUUUUAUACAAAACAGAGUUCAAUAAUUGAGUAAAUGGAGGAUUAGCCCAAUGUGCUAGAAUGUGUGUUCCAUCUGUCUUGCUUCUGAUUAGUUACCUGCAGUAUUGAAUUGUUCAUUAAUUUUAAUGCCAUUUUCCACCUGAUCAUAUUUUUAAGGUAAUGUCAGAAACAAAUUAAUUUUGUAAACUAACAUUUUAACAUCUUAAUUUAGCUGUUCAUAGACAGUUUCCAAUAUAGAAAUUGACAAUUUGACACCUGAAAUUUCACAAAAGCUAAUCAAAACAUGAAAUUGUUUGCAGAAAAUAUUUGAAAGCUAGUGUCAUAAAAAUGAAAGAAUAAUACAUUAUAAAUUUUAACUUUUUCUCACAUUUUGAAAGUAGUUAUGACUAGAUUUUAAAUUAUAAGGUCAUACGAGUCAUUUACUAAUCUACAAUACUAACUUAGAUGAACAGAAAAGCUGAUUUUAAAGGUAUUGACUUUUUGGUAUUGCUAUUAAGCAGUUGUGAAAAUAUGCGAUAUUGGUUAGUUUUGUACAGUUUUCAGGCUGAAUUGUCAAUGAUCUGAAAUAGUUCUGUGGAUUGAGUGGCGCGAUGAUAGGUACUGCAUGGUUAGAAUCAUCUCUGCAUCAACUUAAGCUGUGCAGUCAACUAUAUAAAUCUGAAUUCUUCGGCAGUAUUGUAGCAGAAUGUGAAACGAUGGUUUCAUGUCUGGAUACCUCCACGCUGGGCUUGAAAUUGAGUUUGAAGUUAAUAAGUUUUAUAUUUUGAGUGUUACCUUGAUUGGUUUUACUAGUAAUACUGUAAAUUGUACAUUUUCAGUAUAAAAUUUCUUUUUGUACAUUUUAAAGCUGAUGCUUCACCUUUCCUUUAAUAAACUGUUUGAAAAUAA